UGAAGGUCUGGCUCUGUCAUCUGGACAUUAACUAAACCGGGACUUUUUUUUCUCCCUACCACUCUGCAGCAGCAAACAGAGAGGGAGAUGGUAAAGUCAUUGUGCAUGUUGGCUGCCGCGCUUGUUCUUGGAGGAUUUGUAAAAGAAUCCGGAGCGCAGAUACACGAUGCAACGACUCAGAGUUAUCCAUCCAUCAACUUUACUAUCCCAGCCACUGUGAAGUGGACCGAGGCUGCUGUCACGGUGGAGGAGCAGAGCAGAGACGGAGCGACGCCAACAGCAGCAGCAUGGACAGAGCCGCCCACCAGCACCAUCACAGAGAAACAGCUGGAGGCCACAGAGAGCAGCAAAAACAGCGAGGGAACAAACAGGAAAGGAGAGGGAGAUGAAGCCAAAAAGGAGAUCAUCAAACCAGGACCGGAUUGUCCUCCCCUUGGCUUGGAGUCUCUGCGGGUUGAUGACAGCCAGAUCCGAGCCUCCUCUUACCAGCGCUCUGGUCUGGGUCCUCACAGAGGGAGGCUCAAUAUCCAGUCAGGCAUUGGUGACGGAGACUUGUAUGAUGGAGCUUGGUGUGCAGAGUAUGAGGACAAGCACCAGUGGUUUGAGGUGGACGCCAUCUAUCUCACCUUGUUUACCGGAGUCAUCCUGCAGGGCAAAAACUCCAUCUGGAGUUGGGACUGGGUCAAAACCUACAAAGUUCAGCUGAGUAAUGACUCUGUGAGCUGGCAAACCUGCAUGAAUGGGACGGAAGAGGCGAUAUUUGAAGGGAACCAGUAUCCGGAGAUUUCCGUUCUCGGGCUCCUUCCAGUUCCCACUGUUGCCCGUUUCAUCCGCAUCAAUCCACAGACUUGGUACUCCAACGGGACCAUCUGCCUCAGGGCUGAGAUACUGGGCUGCCGGGUUGAAGAUCCAGAUGAUAUCUAUGCCUCAGAGCAAGAACAAGGAUCAAAAGAUGAUCUGGACUUCAGACACCACAACUACAAAGAGAUGAGAAAGCUCAUGAAAUCUGUAAAAGAGGAGUGUCCGGACAUCACCCGCAUAUACGUUAUAGGAAAGAGCUACUUGGGCCUCAAACUGUAUGUCAUGGAGAUAUCAGAUAACCCCGGCAAACAUGAACUCGGCGAACCAGAGUUUCGAUAUGUGGCUGGGAUGCAUGGAAAUGAGGUACUUGGUAGAGAGCUUGUCUUGAACCUCAUGCAGUACAUGUGUAAAGAAUACAAACGAGGCAACCAGCGUAUUAUACGUCUGGUCACCGAGACACGAAUCCACCUUCUGCCCUCCAUGAACCCUGACGGAUAUGAAGCCGCCUAUGAAAAGGGAUCAGAGCUGGCUGGCUGGGCCGAAGGGAGAUACACGUAUGAAGGAAUCGACCUGAACCAUAACUUUCCAGACCUGAACAACAUAAUGUGGGAUGCUAAAGAGAUUGCAGCAGAUCCGUCCACAGUGUCCAACCACUACAUCCCCAUCCCAGAAUACUACACUCAAGAAAAUGCCACAGUUGCACCAGAGACUCGUGCAGUCAUCAACUGGAUGCAGGAUAUUCCCUUCGUUCUGAGUGCCAAUCUCCAUGGAGGAGAGCUGGUUGUUACGUAUCCUUUCGACUGCACCCGUGACUGGGCCCCUCAGGAAGACACCCCCACAGCUGACAACGCUUUCUUCCGCUGGCUAGCCUCCGUCUACGCCUCGACUAACCUGGUGAUGGUCAACCCGGACCGCCGCCUUUGCCAUUACGAGGACUUCCAGCAACACAACAACAUUAUCAAUGGUGGAGCCUGGCACACGGUUCCUGGCAGUAUGAAUGACUUCAGCUACAUGCACACUAACUGUUUCGAGGUGACGGUGGAGCUGUCCUGUGAUAAGUUUCCUCAUGCCAGCGAGCUUCCAGUUGAGUGGGAGAACAACAAGGAAUCUCUGCUGGUUUACAUGGAGCAGGUUCACAGAGGGAUCAAAGGAAUUAUCCGAGACAAGAUCACCAAACAAGGAAUAGGAGAUGCUGUAAUCACGGUGGAGGACCAUGGCCAUGACAUCCGAUCAGCUGCUGACGGGGACUACUGGCGACUGCUGAACCCAGGCGAGUACAAGGUUGUGGUAUGGGCUGAAGGUUACUUCCCAUUAACGCGACACUGCCACGUUGGCAUGGAGCCACAUCCCACAGCCUGUGACUUCAACCUCACGAAAAUUCCCAUUAAGCUGCAGAAGCAGAUCCAGGUCAAAGGAGGGAAGAUCCUGCAGGACCAUCAGCUGCGGCUUCGGGCUAUGAGGCUCCGCAAGCUACGUGCCAGCACCAAAGCCAUUAACCACCGCAGGGAGAAACAGAGGCUGCAGACGAGGAGAGCUCGGGCAACCUCGGCACGGAGAGCGUGACAGGAGCCAGGACGCGGGAGCAAAAAGAAGCUUCUGGAAAUGAUCUGGAUUAUAUGUUGAACGUAGUCCAAUUUGAUCUGUUUCUGAGAAAAGCCACAUUUGUCUUCUGUUAAAGACAAAUGUGGAUCAGUUGAUUUAACAAAAGCAAAUAUCGAGACAUGCACACAGUUUUAUGUGCUGAGACCUUACAUGUAUGUUUGUACUGAAAGAAAAAUGUGAGUUUUAACAUAGUUUUAAUUGGGUAAACUGACCCUUUAAAGCAGAUUACCCAGAAAAGGCACAUAAAGACAAGAACAAGAAACAACCAUCCACUCCAGAUAUACAAAACAAAUCGCUAACAAGGAAAUGAUGAAUUCACUUUAUUUGUCUUUCUUUUUCUUUUUAUACAUUAACUGAGUUAAAGACUUUACCAUCAGCUGGUCUGAUAUGUCAUUUUCACACCAUUUGUUUGUCUUUUUGUUUUUUACUGUCCAACAGGGCCACAGUCUUGCAAAAGAAUGUUUGUGCUAUCUAGUCUUAAAAAGUGCCUUAAACUUAAAUAAAUUAAAGAAAAAAAGAGAAACAAAAAGAGCUUCAAGACAUAGUCUGGUUGGGACACACACAGACAUUGUACCACCACCUGUGUGAGGCUGCACUUGAACACAUCGUUACAUGCUGAUGUUUUAGUUGGUGUAAUUUUUUUUGACCAUCUUAGAUUCUCUAACAUCCAGAGCACCAUGAGCUGUUGGUAGGAAUGUGCUACAAUUUGCGGGCAUUGCAUCAAUAAACAAGCAUUGGAUGAGCCACAGUUCUGAGCUGAAAAGAUGAAGACUGACCAGAGCUUUAAAAGUCUAUUGACUUCAAGGUGUUGCUGGAGGAUACAUAAGGAGAUCACCAGUCAUGUGGACUCCUCUGAAUCAGACUGCUCAUAAAAGACAGACAUGUAACAGAUUCACCCCACUGAACAAAAUAAAUGCAAAACAUCACAGAAAUGAGUGCUGAAUUCACAAACAGUGGGUGGAACUGAGGUCCUGACCAUAAAUGUGAGCAUAUGACCAAGUUUAUGACCUGUAAUAGCUACCAGGAGGUAAUUCAAACACUUUUAAGAUGGUGUUGUUUGUCUUUAAAGACCGUUCAUGAUUUGUAUCAGACUGAAUAUUUCCAUCUAGGUACUUAAAUCUGGAUGUGGUGGAAGGAGUCCCUUAAAGCCAAGCCUCUUCCUCUUUAGUCUUCUAUAUUACACAAUUAUUUGACCUUUUUUGAGUAAUUCAAAAGGAACAAUCUCAGUGUGGAAAAUCAACAUUUGGCUCAACUUAGAUAAGGGGUUUCAGGAAUCCUUUGAAUCAGCAUAAAGGCUAAAACAUUGGAGGUUGAAUAUAACAUUUUGCUUUCACUUGAAAACACAUUAAUUCAGCCAGAAAGGAGUUUUUUUCUACCGCAUGUGUGAUGUAAUGCUCAAAUCCCUAAAGGAAACAUUAAAAAAUUACAAAUACUAGACCCAAACGCAGAGCUCAGCAGUGCAAAAGAGGCUGAUCUUUCAUUACGUACUAUUUUAGUACCACUGCUGGGAUGCCUUGUCAUGAAGGGAACUGUAAGAACAACUCAACAUGUUUUUGUGUCUGUUUGAUCAUCUCUUUAUGUGAUAGUGCACACACAGAAAAUAAAGUGUUACUGGAACAGGAUCAAAACCCAAACAAAAACUAUAUUUCAUUAAU